AUGGCCGACGCGGACGCGGGCGCGGACGCGGCCGCAGCAGCCGAGGCCGUCCGCGAGGUGGCCACGGAGAUCCUGCUCAUCGACCACGACGGCCAAAUGGACGCGGCGCUCGCCCGCGCCCGCGCCCUCAUGCUCGCGAACCAGGGCUCGGCGGUCGCGCACCGCCUCCUGGGCGAGCUCCACUACUCCGCCGCCGUGCGCGCAGCCUGCGGCGAGGGCACCCCGGGGGAACGCAAGGCCGCGGCGGCGCCGCACCUCCGCGUCGCCCGCGACGCGCUCGCCGAGGCGCGCCGCCUCGCCCCGGACUGCGUCGACGUCGCCGCCGCGCUCGGCGACGCGCUCGCGGCGUCCCGGAUGUACGCCGAGGCCGAGGCCGAGUUCCGCCGCGCGCAGACCAUCCGCCGCCCCUCCGACCCAGCCCUCCACAACGCCGCCUACGGCAUGUACGAGGGCUACGAGCACGAGCGCGACCCGGCCUUCGCGGGCGAGAGGGUCAGGGAGGCCAGGGGGCGCGCUCGCGCCUCCUACGCGCGCAUGACGGUCGAGGAGCUCCUCCCCAUCGCCGUCCGGAAGGUGCUCGACGCCGGCAGGCAGCUCGGCGCGGCGGAGGGCCGCAAGCGCGCCAAGCUCGUCGCCGAGACCUUCCCCAACCUGGCGCGCGCGCAGCACCUCCAGGCGUACAUGGACCUGGAGUUCGUGCGCAGCCUCGACGCCGCCAUCGACAAGCGCCCGUUCCUGCGCCGCACCCUGGCCAUGGCUGAGCGCGCGGCGCGGGCGUUCCCCAGAUCGCCGGUGAUCGCCUCCUUCCACGCGAGGCUCCUCUUCGUCCUGGGCGAGUACGACGCCGCGGAGCGCGAGUGCCGCCGCGCGCUCGACAUGAAGGAGCCCGAUGACCCGCAGAUGGACUGCAUCCCGGCCUGGUCCAUCGGCGGGGAGAACCGCGGGGCGAGGCUGGUCUCGCUGGCCUGCGAGUUCCACGAGCUGCUGAACAAGAUCCUGGUGGCGGCCAGCGAUUACUGGGACUCCAUGAGCGGUGAGAGCCAGCGCGACGGCUUCCUCCGGUUGAGGUUCGAUGUGCUGCAGGACGAGUACAGGAAGGUUGAUCGGUCGUGUGCGUUCGCCAUGUCCGACGUGCGGAGCUUUGUCGAGGAACACAAGGCUUGGAGGUUCUGGGAUUGCCCCAUUUGUGAUCGCAAGAAGUUUGUGGAAUCUGGUCUGCUGCUGUCACACAUGUGCAACAAGCACCCAAGGGCAGUCCUGCCACGGCUGCAAUCUCUUUUGGAUCGAACAACACUCGGUGACGAAGCACUAGAGAGUGAUGAUUCUCUGGAUGGGGUGACUUUCUGUGAAGAUUCAGCCGAGCAAGACAUGAUCUGCUUCAGCAAGAGCAGUGAUGUAUUCAAAUGGUUGUUCUACGCACCUUCAAGUGGAGUAGGAGCAAAGCCAUUUCCUGAAUUACUAGAACAGAAGCGUGAGAAAGGAUGUAUGCUUCUUGAGAGCAUUAAGGACAAAUUGAAGACUCUGCCUGCAGAUAAAUCUAGUACUGAGUUUUCAGAGGCUCUUCCUAGGAUCCGAGAGUUGUGGAACGAAUUUCUCAAAGCUUCUGUGUUGGAUUAUCGAGGAGCCAUUCUGACACUUGCAAGAUCAUUCCUAUGGAGAGAAUUAAAGAAAUGCAUGACUGAAGAUCCAGAAUUAGCUGCUAAGAAGAUUAGUGCUACUGAUAUUGAUGCCGUAUUCACUAAAGAAGUUGAGCCAUCCCGUGCAGAGGAGGAUCGCGAAACAGGGGACAAUAAACAGCCUUCCCAAGCAGAUGGGGCUCUAAUGGUCAGUGGAGAUUAUGAAGAAAGUGAUGUUGAUGUUAAAGAUGAGAGUUAUGAGAAGCCGGAAAACAAUAUGGAAUCAUCAGAUCCGGCAAUUAGUGUGGCAGAAGGCAAUAAUGACCUAUAUGCAAAAUUGGAUAUAUUGGACAUUGAUGCAAAGAUCAGUGAGAAUAAUCAAGAAAGUGAGGUUCAGGUUGAAGGUGAGAGUUCUGUCGCCAUGGUGACCAACACAGAAUUGUCAGAUCCAGCAACCAACAUGGCGGAAAGCAGGAAUGACCUUGACGCGAAAUCCAAUUUCUGA